AGAGUCCACGCCGCUCCAAACCCGCAUCCCGCCCCUCCCGCCGAAACGCAGCGUCAACCACGCAACAUGAGCACGUCGAGUAAGCCGAAGAGCCGAGCACCGGCGCACCCGAACACGCGAGCGUUCAAGCACAACAAGAACUCGCGGCUGACGCGGCGGAUAGCGCUGGUGGGGACGGACGGGCUGUGCAAGAAGUGUGCGGACAAGAUCGAGUGGCGCAAGAAGUAUCGCAAAUAUAAACCGCUGUCGGUGCCGAAAAAGUGCAACGUUUGUCUGGAGAAGAGGAUUAAGGCGGCGUAUCGCUCCCUCUGCGCCGCAUGCGCUGAAGCCGCUGGGAAGUGCCCCGGAUGCGCGGAGAGCGCGGUGGAGGGGGAUGGAGAAGAUGAAGCAGGGGCCAAGCAGCGGGCUACGUCGUCUGGUCACGAUGCUGGUGGAAGCGCGUAAGAGCGAAUGCGGCGGUUAAUAGUUGGCCGCGGACGGGCUUGGCGACCAUUCGUACGUGGCUCGAAUGUGUUUACGGGCGAGUGCAUGGGCAUUGCGAAGGCGGCGUGAGGGCGGGGCGGAGCGUGUUUGUUGACGCGUCGCGUGUGUUCAGGGGCAAAAGAAAGGUUGAACAAAUCGUAUCAUACCGUAAUCUGAGGAGGUUUUUCUACGAGGCAAGUCGGAGGAGUUACAAAUUUUCAGGGGGCCUGUCGACGUCCGCGUUGACUUGAAAUGCUCUUCUUUUGUACACUGAUCCCCCUCAAGAAGCCUUUUGCUCAGGAGCUCGUCUCUUUAUCUAGCA